GUGCCACCCUCGCCAUGCAUGUGGGGAAACACAGCUCUGCUCCAGAGCAGCCACUCAGGUCUGGGAACAAGGGUAGCUCAGCAACCAGGAACGCCUGGGCAAUUUCCCAGUAAAUAUUUCCUGCUUCUGCACUCGAGCUUUGUGGCUGGCAUCUCGUGUGCUCCUCUCAGCAGCAGACACGUAUCUGGCAGCGCUUGUUCUGGAAAACGGGAGCUGCGAGGGGCACGGCGGCUGCCAACGCCAGCGCGGGGGCGCAGGGACAGGCUGCCGGAGGAUGCCCACGCACGGCGGCUGGAAUGCCGGACGGAGCGCGGCCCCCGCUCGGCAGCACGGCCCGGAGCAGCCCCCAGAAGAUCGGCCGGGCCAGGGCGCGGGGCGGCGGCCGGCAGAGGAACGCGGGGCGGGAAGCGGUGCCGGAAGAGCCGAGCGCGGCUUCUCCUGCCGGCCGCAACCCGGCUGAGGCGGGCGGGGAGCGCGGCCCGGGCACUCACCGAGCGGAGCUCCAGCUGCAGGACGCAGCGCAGCGCUCUCCGCGGCAUGGGCGGGCACCGGGCCUGCCGCCUGCGGGCCGCUCGGGCUCGGCCGACGCCGUUGUCACGGCAUCUGGGCCCUUUUGACUCGAGUAUCCCAUUUUAAGCCCUCUGUGGGUGAGACAAAGUGCACAGAGUAUCAUCUGUCUGGUGCUAUCUUUGAAGACUUCUCUGCAUGCUCAUAUCUCAAAUUGUCUGUUUAUUCCUACCCUCCCACAAACUCAAAUUUAUUUCCUUGAUCCUCACCAUUUGGGUCAUAUCAAGGAUAUUCCCCAAUGUCUCUGCAGCUCAGUUGUUUUCAGAGUAUUUACAAUCCCAUCCAACACCAAAAUAAUCUGGUUUUUCUGUCUUGGCAGUGCAAGUUGUUUCAGCCUCAGACCGUUAGGGGAUUUCAGGCUUUAAAUAUUCUUUCCAAGUUCACAAGUACAGCUGCAGAGAGGACAGAAAAUUUUAAUUGCUUCCAAAAGAAAGUGGUGGCUCAAAUGUAUCCCUUGGCUUUAUUUUAAUUUUACAGUUUCAAAGAAAAAUCACGCUAAGUGAUCUUGAAAGAAACAGCCUUUAAAAAAAAAAAGAAAAAAAAAGAAACAGGAAAGAACAUACUAUGCCAGUGCAGACAAAAGUGAAAUCUAUAGAUGGAUUAAAUAUCACUACUAAUACUCGAUGCCAAUCUUUUAAAAUAAAUAAAGGAUUGGAAAGGCA